AAACGAGUUCCUGGUGUUGAUUACAAAUCUAUUAUCGUUUAUCAAGUUUGGGUAAAUUUCGACAGAGUUAGUCACGACUUUCUCAGGUUACGUACAAGUUAGCGAGCUCAAUGGCUGGCAGUAUGCCAAUGUUUAUUGUUUUGGUUCUGUUUUCAAUUAUGUUGAUGCCAGAUUCGUCAAUAGGUGUCAAUACAGCAGAUUUUCGAGCCUGCCAAAAAGUGUAUUAUGAAAAUUUUGGAUCGCUUGUUGCUGUACAGGGUGUCGACGCUGCUUCAUCCGUUUGGAGAAUAUUGUUCAAUAAACUGGAUUUGAACAAAAACAGGUUACUCAGUUCUGCUGAAAUCCUCUUAACUCUGGAAGCCGAAAAUCUUGUAACGAAGGAACAAAUCCCCGAGGCGCUUUCUCAGACACAGACAUGGAUAGAUUCAACUAAAGGCGACAAUAACUUCUCAGAACUUAACUUAUCCGGUUUUCGUGACUUACUCAGUAACACCAUUGGUAGACGGCCAGGAAAUAAAGAACCGUCGGCACGAAGAAAUUGGCUGCUGACUUCUCUAUUAUGUCAUUUUGUAAACGAAGAAUUAACAUCUAUACUUUCUUCUAUUCGAGAUCUCAAAAAUUGCACUGACAGUUUAAGAACCGACCAACACGGAACGUUAAAAUCUUCAACACGACUUAUCCUGAAUGUAUGGAAGGCCGUGUACAAAACACUGGACCGAAAUAAUGAUGAUCGGCUUGAAACAGACGAAAUUCGAAAUAUCCUACAACAAUAUUUUGAUCAGAAUGACACUAACGACAUAGCACAAGCAUUUCCCACAUUAUCUGCUGCCAGUGGUGCUGGCGUGUCUCGUCUCCAAUUCUUUAAAAUGGUCAAUAACUUAUUAUCUGCAGGUGCUUCGGGAAAUACAUGGGACAACACAAGAACGUUACAGCAGUUAAAUGGCAACGUAACGUUUUGUAGAUUGUUAUACCGAGUAAGAAGUGAUUUGAAUGUUGCCCUCGAACAGAACGACAAGUGUAGAACAACAUUUAUCAAAAGAGCUAACAAAGUUUUUGGACAAGAUGUAUCUGUCGCUUCUGGCUUCAUUUUCGCUUAUUUGGACAAAGAUAAAAACGGGGUUAUUACAUUAUCCGAAUUAUCUGACGAACUGGUUGAAAAUAAUUUGUCUGAGAUUCUACCACAACCUGAAUUUGUUACGCCAACAAAUCUUACCAAGAUGGAAAAAUUUCUCGCUUAUGCAGUGACGAUUGCUGGACCUGGAAACAACAGCAAACAUAUGGAGCUGUCAUUGCUUUCUCUCAGCCAACAGAAAACAUGGAACACGUUUUGUAAAUUAAGUGUUUGCACGAUCGCUGUUUUUCCUGGAGCAAAUACUGAAAGUAACUUGCAGCAUAAUGGACGUACAAAUUAUAGCAAAGGCGUCGAUAUCAUAACAAGACCAAAAACUAGUCCAUCAAAUCAAGCUUUCUUUGGAAACCUAAUAGAAAAAAGAAACAGACUGAAUAAUAGUAGUAACAACAAUGUUACCAUUGAUAUUACAACUUCUAUCGUUACGACUACAGAAACAUCUAUCAUAAAAGAAUACACAACAGCAAGCAGUAUCAGUAAUACGGAUACAUUGAACAGUACUGAUGAUGCUUUUAUAGCAACAGUAUCAACUAGUCAAGUAAAUCUUGGUAUAAAUCAAACUGAAACAACUUCAACAAAUGAGGCAAAUUUAAACUUGACUGAAAACUAUAAUAAAAAUGAUACAAAUACAGAGUCCUUUAGCGAGGAACUAUCAAGGGAAGAAGCCGAGCUUUUAAGGUUGUUUACUGAGUUUCACGGCCGCAACCCGCCUAAUGAAAGUGUUGGCAAACCUGCUGACAGCGACGGCGGGAAUCUACAUGAACCAAACGAUGUUCCAGGAGUUGAAAACCAACUUCAUAAAUUGUUAAUGCAAGCUGUAAUGGAAAACACGGAGAAAUUAAUUACACCGUAAUGUUUUUACUUUUUGACUGACUGCUUUCCGUGUUGUAGUUUAGUGAGUGUAUAAUUUAUUACCGCAUAAUACAUUUAUGUGUAUAUGAGUUACAACAUGCGCGGCUGAUAAUCGUAUUUUUUAUAAGUAACGUUAUUUUCGCAAUAAAUUAAAGUCAACGAACAUA